AUGCCCGAAACGACCCUCCCUGGUGGUUAUAUCGAUGGCACCUCUAACAAGAAUUCCACCGAGGAUGUGAAUGCAUCACUCUCUGACAAUCGUGUUCACCUCUUACUUGCAGCAACUGGAUCAGUUGCAACUAUCAAAAUAUUCAACAUCCUCAGCGCCCUCGCUCCACAUGCUCAUAAGCUAUCAAUACGAGUAAUUUUCACAUCAAACGCCAAACACUUCCUAGGCGGCCAGUCUGCCGAGCAACCUACCGUCUCCUCCCUCCUCUCCCUCCCUGGCGUGGAAGCCAUCUAUGAUGACAGUGCAGAGUGGGGUCCAGAGCCCUGGCGCCGCGGCGCUGAUAUCUUGCAUAUCUCUCUCCGGCGCUGGGCAGACAUCCUCGUCAUUGCUCCUCUUUCCGCAAACACCUUAGCCAAACUCGCCAAUGGACUUAGCGAUAAUUUGUUGACGUCGGUAUGUCGGGCGUGGGAUACCGAUGGCCAAGUUGAUGGGCAACGGAAACGGAUUAUAGUUGCGCCUGCAAUGAAUACAGCUAUGUGGCGGCAUCCAGUGACGGCGAGGCAUAUAAAGGUGCUUGGGGAGGAGUGGGGUGUUAGAAGAGAUGAGGAGACGGGGGAAGAGACUGGAUGGUUUGAGGUGCUAGCACCGCAGGCGUCGAAGGUGUUAGCAUGCGGGGACGCGGGGAGUGGUGCUAUGUGGGAAUGGACUGAGAUUGUCAAGGUUAUCGAACACAGGUUGGGUUUGGGCGAGAGAAAAUAG